AUGCGGUGCUAUCGCAUCCACUUUCCUGCAAACAACUCCUCUCAUGUUUUGUCUGAUCCAGUAAUUCAAAGGAUCUGUCCAUACUUUCGUUUAUGUUAUGUUUUAUGCAAAAUUCAGAGGCCUACAAUCGCACUUUGUUUUGAGAAAAUGUCGUUUAUGUCUUCGUACUGGCAACGAUCGCGUUACUCCAGGGUUGAAUGUUUACCCGCAGGCGUAAAUCAUUUAGGCGCUCUCCCUAAUAAAGAUUUGUGUCGCUUUACCCUCCCAAGGUACCUUUUUUACAUCAUAUAUCAUCAAAGCGCUUUUAAGUUGUAUAGACCCGUUUAUCCUAACAGUUUUGCCUUCUCCGAUUCUAAAUCUCCCCUAUCGAAAAGAAUAAAUCAUUCUACAGGUGUUACAUUACCGAUUACAUGGGUGAAUGCUAUGCUUCCUUCCUUUCCUCCCACCAACUUGGAAGAAAGUGAUUAUAAAGCUGCAAAGCCAAUACUUGGCACUCACCAUGUGUUAACAGCUACCAAGAAACUUAAAAGAUCAACUAUCUUUACAAAUGUUGAGUUUUCUACUGCUCAGGGAUUGAGUGACUCCUGCAAUUUUUUUCAUUCCUUAAUAAUUUAUCCUACUAUUGUAUGUAAAAUGAAGAAAGAUGCAGCGUCACGUAUAUGUGACGCUGGUUGCGAAUGUAUCUGUGUAAGCUCACAGUCGUUAUUUGUUCAAAAAAGGAAACAAAUUAUCUGUUCACAAAGAAACUUCAACACUGUGGAGUCACCUUAUGCAAAACUGUGUUUUGAUUUGAAAGAAAGCAGAAAAAUGGUAUUUACAAAAUGUGUUUUAGCUAAACUGGAAUAUUUGGAUUUGUCAAGAAGUAAAACAAAUUUUAGGGAAAGGAACCUAGAUCAUUUCAACUUACUCGUCAGUACGGCCAAAUGGUGUCAUAACAACCUGAUUAAUUUCAUCAUCGGUUCUGGAAUGCUGAAGGAGGAUCCGCAAGCUUCCACUGUUUUGAAUUUUGAUCAUUUGAUGCCAUGCAAAAUUGGUGUGAAUUCUUUAAGACAAAGCAACCUCGACGGAACCAAACGUGUUCGCACAGUUUUUUUACCAAAGAAAACAAAUGACCAUCAAAAUUACGGUCUACGAUUCCUUCAAAAGCAAAGUGAUCCCUUACUUGAUAUUAUAAAUAGCUUUUCUCUAACAUUAACCUAUUUUUACACCCCACCUGGCCCAAAUAUAAAGCCACUUAUUUUGACGGCAAAUUUGCGAUAG